UUAUUAUUCAUUCAUAGAAUAAAAACUAUUAAAUUAAUAUCAUAAUAAAAAAGUAAAAAUUCGCAAUCUAACAUAGUUUCUACUUAUUAUUACUAAAUUAAAUAUAAAGCUAAAACAUACAUUAAUUCAGCUUUUAUUACGCAUAUUUUACACAGCCAUUUUACCAUGAAAUCCGAUAUAAAACUCAAACCAGAUAAUAAAUAAUUACUAGCAUCUCUUUUUACACAGUUUUUUAGAGAUCAUUUGCUGACUCAAACAGAACAUCAAAGAGAUAAAGAUGCGUAUGAAAAAAAUUUUGACUUAUGGUAGAAAUUUGUUAAAGUGAUUAAUUAAGAUUUGAAACUAGAAGAAAAUGAUAACUUCUAAAAUAACUAAGAUUUAGUAUAGUAAUUAGUAAUCGCAAUAGAUAAUUACAAAUAAAGCCAUGAUAUAAAUGCUAAUUACAUUGAAGAAAUAUCUUAACUCUUAAGCUCUAGUCUCAAUAAGAGUAACGAUGUCUAAGAGUAGGGCAAUUCUUCAAAAAAAUUUGAGAAGGCUUCAAUCCACAGUCAACGGAGGUAACUAUCUAUACCUCCAAAACCUAGUUUGAUCUUGGGCGAUAGUUUAGUUGAAGAGGAAAAACUUACUUAAGAAUACAAUUAUAAGUAAGGAUACCCUAUUCGAACUCAUAAGAAAAAUAAUACAGCUAUACUAAGCUAGAGUAAAUCAAAGUAGAUAAAGGAAGGGUAUUAAUUAUAAGGAUAGAAAUCUCCUUUUAACUAAGCACUUGAGGUUUAAAAUUUAAAUAAAAAUAGUAAUAUAUAAUCAUGUCAAAAUAUAUUUAAUGGUAUUUAAAAUAUAUAAUAAAAAUCAACCCAAAGAGCAGAUGAAGAAAUAUAAAAUAAUUUCUUAGAACUACAAUAAUUUUUAAAGCAAAAAAAUACUAAAAACAUUCAAGAAAUAACAUAAAAUUUGAUGUAGGAAUAAGCAUUUAAGUAAUCAAAGAAUAUUUAUAUCUUAAAGAGUAAUAAUAGCUGCAAUUAAAAGAUGAACAUAAUGAAUUAAUUUCUUUAUGCGGUUAGUAUCUAACAUUACUAAGACCUCAUUUAAAACAGCUCAUAAGAAUAAUGGUAGUAAAUCAUUUAAUUUUUCAAGGACGAAAAAAAAACUUGCUAAUAUAAUUUAGCUUAGGACAUUAAUAAGUCAAACAAAAUGUCUUAGUAUUAAAAAUCAAUUAUGAAAGCAUUAUUUACAGAAAUGUCAGAAAAUAUACAAAGAUAAGAUAAAACUUAACAGACCGCCUUUUAUGAUUUUUUGUAAAGGGCUUAAAGCGAUGAAAUUCUAGCUUAAAGCUUAUUAGUGAGUCUCAAAGAAAAGAUUGUUAACACGUGCAAGCUGGAAGAAUGCGAUAGCUUUCGUAAUGAGGUGUUUAAUAAUUGGUUUGUAAAAAAUCCUAAUACUAACUUAGUAGGAAUUGACUCAUAGAAAUUAAAGCUUUUGUCUUUCUCUCUUUAAAAGAGAAUUUCUAUCCUAAAAGUUACAUAAACAAUAAAUUGUUAAUCAUAAAUACAAUCCAGCUCCUCAUUAGAAGUCGUACAGUCUUUUGAACACUCAAGCGAUAAUGGUAUUUGCAUUCCUAGUAUUAAUAUCCUUUGGCACAAUACUCACUAAUAUGACCAUUUUUAUUUAAUUUUAAAUGAUCAAUAAUAAGCCUUUUAUCAAAAUAAAAGCAAGUAAAAAAUUUAAUCAAUGUAGCAACCUUUCAUUUAAACAAAAGAAAUUUCUUUAUAGAAAUGUAUUUCUGAAAUGUAAUCUUCAUCUACACAACCAUAAAAUUUUUCUUUACUCCAAAUUUCUAAAUAAUAAUCUGAUUAGCCCAGCCAGCUAUUAAAAAAUAAUAGCAAUUCAUACAUGUCAUAAAACAAUCUAAAUGGCUCUUAAAAGAAACAGAGAGAGGAAGCUCUAAUUGAAAAAUACUCCAGUUCGACAUCCAACUUCUCUCGCAGUUCUAUUGAACCAAAAUUCUCAAAAGAAGGACUCUAGAAUCUCAAAUAAAAAACAUAGAAGUUGAAGUUAAUGAUGAUAGAUAAUUCUUUUACCAUAAAUAGUAUUUAAAUGCAGAUAGAAAAUAACUGGAAGCCUUCUAAUUAAUAUAAUUAGCAAAAUGUUAUAAAUAUUCCUUCAAUUCCAUCUAACUAGCUAGAACAAUAAUUUAAAAAGAUUGAUUAAUUUUAAUUAAAGAUUAAUUCAUAAUUAUCACCUUUUAUUAAGCCAUUAAAUGACAUAAACAAUCAAAAUACAAAUCUUAGGUAUUAAAGUAAUAUUCAAAUUUAAUUACUCAAAAAUUAAGAUUAAGAUAUAUUGAGAGGUCGUGAAAACUGCUAAAACUAAAUCAAGUUGUUAAAUUAAUGUAGUUUUAGAAGUGCCAGUCAAAAUAACUUUUUCAAAUAGAAAGAAGAAUAGUCUCAACAUAUAAGUUUAAUUCCAAACUUAUAGAGCAAUUAAAGUUAAAUAACAUCUAACAUUUCACCAACAAAAAAGAAUUAGGCAUCAAAUUAAGCAAGAUUGAGAAUACAGUCUGGCCAUGUAGUAUCAGCUCAUAAAAUAAGCGAAGACAAUUAAGAUCGCUCAGGUAUUACUCUUUUAGGGUAGUCAUCUUAAAAAAGCAAUAUAUCUCCAUUCAUUAAUUUGUAUAAUGAAGAAAAUAGCAUUAAAUGUACUAAAAUGGAGGAAAACAAGAAAGAAGAUUCCUCUGAUAAAUAUUAAUCAAAUUAUGAUUCAAAUACUUCAUAAAUAUAAAUUUAAUUACUGAACAAAUAAUAAAAGAAUAUUUUAAAUUCAAAUUAAGUAGAUGAGUCUGAUAAAAAUAUCUUAAAAGCAUUAGGAUUGACUAGCUCUACUUCUACUAACUCAACUAUAGCUUCCAACACUGCAUCAAAUAUAAAUACCCCAAAUAAUUUUAUUUAGAAUAACUCAUGUUCUAGAUAAGCCUCUUUUUUCAUGAGAAACAGCCCAAAUUAUAUGAAUAAUAACAACUCUCCUUAGACAGAUUCAGGAGUUAAACUAAUAAAAUCUUUAAGUACUAACCAACACAAUAUCUAAUUUACUAACCCCAAAUAAAUACCUUCUAUUAAUGACUUUAGAUUUUACUAAGAAUUUUUAUUACAAAAUAAAUAAAAUACACCUCAAUAAAACUGUAUAAAAAACUAAUAAAUAAACCAUAAGUAUAUAUCCUUAUAAUAAAAUAUAGCAAAAAGUUGA